CUACCUACACCACCAUGGGCUCCAAAAAGAAAAAGGCCGACAAGCGCAAGGACUUCGUCAAGCCCAAGCUCAGAGUGGGUAAAACCGCUGCCAAACCCGACAAUCACACCGACACCUCGUUCGUAGCCAAAACCAUCCAUCUUCCCAACCAGUCGCUAGCCAAGCCAGCUGGCCAGGCCCAAUCUGACCGAGGCGACGUCGACUUAUCCCACCACUUGUCGUUGACCAAGCACCACUCUUCCACCACCAGAAAAGAAGUUUUAGCCUACAUCCAAGCCCAUCUCCCCAACAAUCCGUCCUUCUACAAGAACAUCCUCACCGCUGUGGUGCCGUUGAUUCUCGACCAGUCUGCUGGCGUACGAGCUGCUGUGGUCAGCUUGCUUGUGGCUUGUGCCCACAAGCAGCAGGGGUUGUUGGACCUCCAUAUGCGGACAGUGGUGCUCUUCAUCUACUCUGCCAUGACCCACAUCCUGCCAGACAUCCGCAACGACUCCACCAAGUUUCUCCAGAUCUUGGUGGACCACGCAGGCCAGUCUGUGGCUCGUGCGUAUUUCAUCAAGACCAUCAAGAAUUUCUUUGGUUUGCUUGCGUGGACCUUGACCGAUGACAAGAAGGCCCAGUCCUUGGCAAUCACUACUAGUCUGUCGCUCGGGGGCUCCACCAAGAAGGCACGGAUCUUCCACUUGAUCGUGCUCCGCAAGUUCCUUGAAGCGUCGCUUUUUGAGCCCACGGGAGCUGUUAACGACGUGGAGCUGGCUGCAGCGGUGCACGCUCAGUCCUACAAGUACCAAUUGUCACAGGCCCCACAGCCUUUUUCUCCGUUGAACCUUUUCACCACUACCCUCCCAAGAUCCAGAACUGUGGAGAACAGCUUGUCUAACCAGGGCGUAGACGACGGAACCUUCUCGCUCAAGGAUUUGGACUCCAUUUCUUCGGAAGAUUUGGAAACCCGUAGAAAGAUUUUGAAGGACGUUUUCUUCAAGCCCAGUUUGAAAAAUUUGAAGAGUUUGAUAAAGGAAGGAGGAGAGGUCGGAAGAGAGGCCAACUCGUGCAUGGCGGUAUUGGAGAAGUUGGAUGCCGAAUUGGCAGAGUCGAAGGAGUAGUCGACCC